AAUUAACCAGCUGUUUUUCGACGAGUAUACUCGUCACGAAGAAAUGGCAGUAUUUCGUGUUACGACGAGUCCUGUCAGUAAUAAAGUUCAAAAAUAAAACAGUCGUUUCGUUGCAACUUCAUUCUAUAUCGUAACAGUCACACGUACUCUGUGUUUGGCGAGUAUACUCGUCAUCGCUUACUUUUUGCGACACAUUUUGUGUAGAAGCUUUUCAAAGCUUUCAAAGAAGUUGCAACAGCUAUUUUAAAAUGUUCUAUCUGUCGUUUCAAAACUCAAGAAAAUUGCAGUUUCAUCAUUUUCUUCGUCUUCGCCUUUGUCUUCCUCCAUUCGAUUAAAAAUAUUUAAUCGUUAUUUCGUGACUUUACUUAGUAGUUGAAACAAAUCGAAACGGUUGAGUUAGUUCUCUGUUCGUUCUCGAUUAAAGUUGCGGUAACAUCGGUACAAAAAGAGCACGAGCAAAUACGAAGUUUUACAAUUGAUAUUCAGUCGAUUGCCGUAGCAAUUGAAAUUGCAUCGGCUUGAAUCUUCAUUGAUUCCAUUUGUACGAUUGCCGUUCCGAUAACUGCUAUUAAAUUUCUCCUUUAGUCACUUUAACGUUAAACGGCACAGAGCAGUUAACCAUCUUCGAUUUAUUUAGGCUAGUUACGGACGAAACUCCGUUCUAAAAGAUUGAUUAAACUCUCGGCCCUCGUUGCCACUGAUAUUCCAAUGUAAUGCAGCUAAGUUGAACGAAAGAUUUUCUAAUAACGGUAUAAAAUAAAUAUAAGAAUUUCAAAAUUGCAAGAGUCGUUUCACUUGUUUUCUUAUGUUUUGCUCUUUUAUUUCUUAUGUUUGCCUGUGAACAACGAUACGCAAAUAUUUUUACUUGUCACGACUUGCGAUAAGAAAUUAUAAAAAUAUAUCUUGUAGACAACAGAGUUACAAAAACAUUUAUUAUGUAAUAAUGUUUUGUUGCAUCCGAUAGAGACUUACAGGCAAGAUAGCUAUAAAAUUACCCGUUUCGCAGAAUAUGAUCUUUAAUGUGACUGUGAUUGAUAAUCUUAUUCUUCCACUUUAUAAUGUAUCGAAGCAACAUUGCGCUCAAGUUACUAGUCGUUGCUCUUUCGUUUACAUAAAAAUACGAUAAUAUGGAGUUGCUGGUGCCAGCCGUCUCGGACGUCGUGUUUAAGUACACGUGGCCCGUUCCAAAUUACAAAAAAAUUAUUUUAAAGAAAAAACUUAUCGAUAGCCCGUCGUUCGACAUCAAUGUGAACGAUAUUCGCAGCACGUGGAAUUUGUCCAUCAGAUUCUGGAAGAAUCCUGAUGUUUUCAAUGCUGACGUUAAACACUGGGAGUACUGUCACGUUAGCAGGACAAUACUUGAGCUGAAAUCAUACACGGACAUCAUUUCCUUGGGAUACAGGGACUUGUCCAUCGCCGACAGGCAUUUAAAGAAGAACGGCGAAGUGAUGUUAAUGGUUAAGAUUCAGAUAAUCCAUUACGAAAGCGAGAAACACCACUUGUCGCAGGAUAUGGCCAGACUAUUAAAGCAUUCGUAUGGCGCAGACACUAAGUUGACUUGCGGGGGUUUGAAUAAAAUAGAAAUUCCAGUUCACAGCAACAUAUUGGCUGCUCGUAGCAACGUUCUCGCUGAAAUGAUUUCGCCCAUAAGAGAAUUGAAUAACAGGAAAAGCUCGAAAUCGGAUACCGCAGAAGAUAAGAUAUUGGACAUGAGAGAAUUAGAAGAAGAUAUAAUCGAAAAAGAAAACGAAAGUUCCAAUAAUCGUUACGUGUAUGCUCUGAAUUUGCUGGAUCUUAGCAAAGAAGUGACAGAAGAAUUGUUGCGAUACAUUUAUAGCGAUCACGUUGAUAAUUUGGAUAUUUUCGCUCAGGAACUUUUAUCUUUGGCUGAACGCUUUUGCCUACAAGGGUUAAAAGAACUCUGCGAAAGAAAUCUUAUCGAAACGAUAACCCCAGAAAAUGUAGCUAGCAGACUUUUGGUUGCAGACGAGUUUGGCUGUGAUGCGCUUAAAAGAGCAAGUUUGGCAUAUUGCGAGAAAAAUAUAACGAUGCUUAACAAAAGUUUAGCAUGGAAAAUGAUGGAACAAACAAACCCAGAAUUAUUCAAUGAAGUUUGUGAAGCUGGUAUUAGCAGUUCAAGAUCAAGUAACAUAGAUGAUAGUGAAUUAAGCAAUUGAUGUCUUCCUUUCUUCAUGUAUAAGCAAUUUAGUAAUUAAUUGUGAAAUAUUAUAAAUGUUAGUCAGUGGUUUUAUAGUUUUCAAAAGGAUGAAUCAAGAUAUGAUAUAAAUUCUAUAGAAAGUUUGAUUACUUAUAAAAUACUGUUAAAAAUGUAUAAUUCCAACGAAUAACUUUAAUAAAGAACGUUUUUAUAAA